GUCGAAUGUUGAACAAUUACCCCCACACUCGACCAACACCGAAAGGGAGAUGAAAGAACAAGCUACCGCUUCUUUCUCGGUCUCCCUCAAUUCUCCUCUGCCUGAAAUUAGCGAAGAACAAACAACCCCCACCAGAUCUACUCCCGCCAUAUCAUAACAGGAUCCAAUUGGAAGUCAAACUUCCAUCAUUAUCUUCUUCUUCUUCACCACCAUCAUCAUCACCUUGGUGGGUCUUACCAUGCCUUCUUCAUCCUCACCUCCUCGCGGCCAUGCAGAGCAAUGGCGAGCCCCUGAGAUUUCGGUCCCUGAUCUGCUCCAUUCUCCCUCCCGCUCCUCUUCUUCCUCUUCCGCUUCCCUCUCCAGACCCGCUUCCUCCCUCAUCGCUUCUGCAAUUUCUUGGGCGUUUCCAAUUCGCGGCCAUGGCGUUCCUAGCAAGUCCCACCGCAAGAAGUCCCAGCGGAGACGACGAGUCCAUGUUAUGCUCGCCCUACUUGGGUUGCUAGCCUCAUUCUUCCUCCUCAAUUGGUUUAUGCUUUUUCGCCUCCAGGAUCCUGGUGAUGAUGAUGGUGGCGGUGGACCUCUUCAUCUCCUCUCCUCCAUCAAUCCUUCUCGCCAUCUUCCCUCCUCAUUCAAGGAAGAGUUGAGAAAAAUGGGCAAAGGAAAAAAAUGGAAACAUGGUAUCUACGCAAGGAUGUUAGCUUUGGCUGCCCAUGCGCUUGCAGAGAAUAAGCAUGAGCCAAAAGAUUUGUGGGAAGAGCCAUUCAUCCCUGCCUCUGCUUGGACACCCUGUGCUGAUCAGCGUAACUGGACACGCAGUGAGGGAAACAACGGUUACAUUAUGAUCACUGCAAAUGGUGGGAUAAAUCAGCAGCGAGUAGCUGUCUGCAAUGCUGUUGUUGUUGCCCGGUUGCUGAAUUCCACUCUUGUAAUUCCUAGCUUCAUGUACAGCAGUGUCUGGAAGGACGUAAGUCAAUUCGGGGAUAUCUAUCAGGAAGAGCAUUUCAUAGAGUACCUGAGUCCUGAUAUUCGGAUAGUGAAGGAACUUCCUGAGGAGCUGCAGUCUCUUGAUCUAGAGGCAAUUGGUAGUAUUGUUACGGAUGUUGAUAUUAUGAAAGAAGCCAAGCCGAGUUUUUAUUUGAAAAAUAUACUUCCUUUACUGCAUAAGAAUAAAGUUGUGCAUUUUGUUGGAUUUGGGAAUCGCUUGGCAUUUGAUCCAAUACCAUUUGAUCUGCAGAGACUUCGCUGCAGAUGUAAUUUUCAUGCGCUAUUAUUUGUUCCCAAAAUACAAGAAGCAGGUGCUCUGCUGCUUCGGAGGUUGCGGAAUCAUGCACCUUAUCAUGGACGGCUGGAUCACUCUCUUGUUGGUCCUUAUUAUGCAGAACCGAAAAUGGGUGGUGGCAAUGCUGUAAAAUCUUCGAGGUAUCUAGCAUUGCACCUGAGAUUUGAAAUUGAUAUGGUCGCACAUUCAUUGUGUGAAUAUGGUGGAGGCCAAGAAGAAGCAGAAGAAUUGGAAGCAUACCGCAAGAUCCAUUUUCCUGCGCUAACACUUCUUAAGAAGACAAGGAAGCUGCCUUCUCCUGCUGCACUGAGAUCAGAGGGUCUGUGCCCUUUAACUCCUGAAGAAGCAGUGCUCAUGCUGUCUGCUCUUGGUUUCAAUCGGAGAACCCGUGUCUUUGUGGCAGGGGCAAAUAUUUAUGGAGGGCCUUCACGAUUAGCUGCUUUAACCAGUUUGUUCCCCAAUUUGGUCACCAAAGAGAAAUUGCUCUCAGCAUCUGAAAUUGAGCCAUUCGCCAACUUCUCAUCUCAGUUGGCAGCGCUGGACUUCAUAGGAUGCACGGCUGCAGAUGCUUUCGCAAUGACAGACUCAGGAAGCCAGUUGUCAUCUUUGGUGUCUGGAUACAGAGUAUAUUAUGGGGGAGGCAGGAUGCCAACGAUACGGCCAAAUAAGAGGAGACUGGCUGGUAUAUUCAUGAAGAACUCGACCAUAGAAUGGAAAGUGUUUGAGCAAAGAGUUAGGAAAGCAGUUAGACAGACGAAACACGUGUUUGAGAGGCCCAAGGGUCGGAGCAUGUACAGAUUUCCAAGGUGCAAGGAGUGCAUGUGUGUUGCUGAAGAAGCAGCAGCAGCAGAUGUUGUAACAAAAACAAAAAGAAAGAGAAGGCAUUAAUAUACCUUGCUGUAAUUGUUGUUAUUCUUGUUGUAUUCAUUCUUUGUCCAUUAAACACAUACCCAAUCUCCAAGUUUUGUGAUAUGAAGAAAGAUUUAUUCUCUAU